CAUAUAUCGCCCAAACGUGGGUAAAUGGUCGCAGCUUGGCUUUGUGCGCCUGGUUUGGUGUGUGGGUGACGUGCGCCCCUGCUUGACACUUGCCCCCUUACUGUCCGAACGAUUUUAAUAAAAACGAGUCGAUAUUUUGUUAAAAUUGCGAAUUUGUUGGUAAAAUGAACGGCCCGUUGAAGAUGUACCGCACGAGACAGGUCGUUCGCCACGACAUUGCAGUGCAGCUCCCUGACUGUAUGUACAAAUUGAAAAAUAUCCACGCUGCAAGAAAUGGUAUGGUUGAACAACGAACAGAUCACGUUUCAUCGGCCCCGAAAAAAGUGGAUAUUUGCGACCAGGUUAAACAGUUUUUAAAGAAUAACCAAAAUUUGCCUGAGAUGGCUGCGUUGGAGCUGAGGCAAGAGGAAAUCCUCCGGCAACUUGCUGAUUUGAAGAAACAAAUGGACAACAUCAGGAACAACUUACAAAUUUCCAAAAACGCGGCCGUUACGAGCCAAAUCAUCAAACCCAAACAAGGACCUCCCCCGAGUCUCCCCGACGUCAUAAUCAACGCGAGUCCAACAAACCCGCCUUAUUCGCUAGAACUCGUCCAGAAGUUGUGGAAAAACUACAUGUUUCUAUCUGUAAAAAGUUACACCCAUUCUAGCCUAAGUUCCUUGACUGAAAAUGCGCAACAAUUGACCAAAACCUUGGAAAGUUUCAAGCCGGGAAACGUCCCGAAAAUCAACGUAAAGCUCAUUUGGAAAGAUGUUGGAGCUAAUCCGGAACUGGUGGUCGCACACUCGCGCAUUUUUGGCGAAGUCAAUAUUCUGAGGUACUUAGCUAGGGUCACUUCGGACUACUUGAACUACGAGACUUGUAAUAAUGUUCACGAAAUCGAUGCGUUACUUGAUGUUUGUUACAAUAUUGUAAAGUCUAAGACCAAGACUGAAAGGGCGAGUUUGUUGCAAGUUUUGAACAAGUCGUUGGGGAAGAGUCAGUGGUUGGGUGACAGGAGUCAAAUCAGUAUUGCCGACUUAGCCGCCUACUCAGCCAUCAAACAGGCGACCAAUCCUAGUGAAGUUAAUGUUAAUUUAGGAAAGUGGAUGCAAAGAUGUGUAGCUUGUCAAUAAAACGCUUGUUUAAAUUAGA